UUGUUCCUUUGAUGAGCACUACAGUAAUUGUGGUUAUAGUGUGGCCUUGGGAACCAAUGGAUUUACCUGGGAGCAGAUCAAUACCUGGGAAAAGCCAACAAUGGAUCCUGCUGUCCCAACUGGCUCCUUCAUGAUGGUGAACAGUUCUGGACGAGCAUCUGGGCAGAAAGCUCACCUGCUCUUGCCUACACUGAAGGAAAAUGACACCCACUGCAUUGACUUCCAUUAUUACCUGUCCAGCCGAGACCGUUCGAGUCCUGGCUCUCUGAACGUCUACGUGAAGGUGAAUGGAGGACCACAGGGCAAUCCCAUAUGGAAUGUCUCAGGGGUUGUUACAGAAGGAUGGGUGAAAGCAGAACUUGCCAUCAGUACAUUCUGGCCACAUUUUUAUCAGGUGAUAUUUGAGUCUGUCUCUUUGAAAGGACACCCAGGGUACAUAGCUGUGGAUGAAGUCAGAGUUCUCGCCCAUCCAUGCAGAAAAGCACCUCAUUUCCUACGGCUGCAGAACGUGGAGGUGAACGUGGGACAGAAUGCGACGUUCCAGUGCAUUGCUGGGGGAAAGUGGUCACAGCAUGACAAGCUCUGGCUCCAGCAAUGGAAUGGAAGGGACACAGCACUGAUGGUCACUCGAGUAGUCAACCACAGGCGCUUUUCUGCCACGGUGAGUGUGGCUGACACCUCCCAGCGCAGCAUCAGCAAGUACCGCUGCGUCAUUCGCUCCGAUGGCGGAUCCGGAGUUUCCAAUUAUGCAGAAUUAAUAGUCAAAGAGCCCCCAACUCCCAUCGCCCCCCCUGAGCUGCUGGCAGUCGGCGCCACAUACCUGUGGAUCAAACCCAAUGCCAACUCCAUCAUUGGAGAUGGGCCCAUCAUACUGAAAGAGGUGGAGUACCGGACGACCACUGGGAAUUGGGCUGAAACACACAUUGUAGACUCUCCUAAUUACAAACUCUGGCAUUUGGACCCUGAUGUGGAGUAUGAGAUCCGGGUGCUGCUCACUCGCCCUGGAGAAGGAGGCACCGGCCCUCCUGGACCACCGCUCACAACAAGGACUAAGUGUGCAGAUCCUGUCCAUGGACCACAGAAUGUGGAAGUGGUUGAUAUCCGCUCUCGGCAGCUGACAUUGCAGUGGGAACCCUUUGGCUAUGCGGUGACCCGCUGCCACAGCUAUAAUCUCACUGUCCAAUACCAGUAUGUGUUUAACCAACAAAAGUUUGAGGCAGAGGAACUCAUCCAAACCUCAUCCCACUAUACCUUGCGAGGUCUCCGGCCCUUCAUGACCAUCAGGCUGCGACUGGCCCUCUCAAACCCUGAGGGUAAAAUGGAGAGUGAGGAACUGGUUGUGCAGACGGAGGAGGAUGUUCCUGGACCAGUUCCCUUGGAAUCCAUCCAGGGAGGACCUUUUGAAGAGAAGAUCUAUGUUCAGUGGAAGCCUCCAAAUGAGACAAAUGGCAUCAUUACACUCUAUGAGAUCACAUACAAGGCUGUUGGGUCUCUGGAUCCCAGUGCUGACCUGUCCAGCCAAAGAGGGAAAGUCUUCAAGCUAAGGAAUGAAACACAUCACCUCUUUGUAGGAUUAUACCCAGGGACUACGUAUUCAUUCACCAUCAAAGCCAGCACAGUCAAGGGCUUUGGGCCACCCAUCACAACACGGAUUGCAACCAAGAUUUCAGCACCAUCAAUGCCAGAGUAUGACACAGACUCACCCCUGAAUGAGACUGACACGACCAUCACCGUUAUGCUGAAGCCCGCUCAGUCCCGGGGUGCUCCUGUCAGUGUCUAUCAACUGGUUGUCAAGGAGGAGAAGCUGCAGAAAGCACGGAGAGCUGCAGACAUCAUCGAGUGCUUCUCUGUCCCAGUGAGCUACAAGAACGCUUCCAGUCUGGACUCACCACACUACUUUGCAGCCGAGCUGAAACCCAUCAACCUGCCCGUCACGCAACCCUUCACAGUGGGUGACAACAAAACCUACAAUGGCUACUGGAAUGCUCCACUUUCUCCCCUGAAAAGCUACAGCAUAUACUUCCAGGCUCUGAGCAAGGCAAAUGGAGAAACAAAAAUCAACUGUGUCCGGCUGGCAACCAAAGGAGCUUCCACCCAGAAUUCCAAUGCAGUGGAACCAGAAAAACAAGUUGACAGCACGGUGAAAAUGGCUGGAGUUAUAGCUGGUCUGCUGAUGUUUGUUAUUAUCCUCUUGGGAGCAAUGCUUACCAUCAAGAGAAGAAGAAAUGCGUAUUCCUACUCCUACUACUUGCAUUCAAGCCAGUGUUUUAGGGGCCUCUCUGUCUUCUACAGGACCAGGAAGCUAGCCAAGAAGCAGAAGGAGACUCAGACCAGCACGCAGAGGGAGAUGGGUCCCAUGGCUACUUCCGACAAGACCUGUACCAAACUCAGUGCUGUUCACAAUGAAGAAGCUUUCUCUUCCAGCUGCCAAGAUGUUAAUGGAUUCACAUCACCCUCUCCUUGUUCAUUUUCUGUCCAAAGCAAAACCCUUCAGAGCAAAUCUUUGUUGAAUUCCUACUACUCAGUAUCAUCAGACACUGUUCCAUCGACCACGCUGUUAGACAGUAGCCAUGGAGAGAUGACCCAGCCAACCCUGACUAUCCAGACCCACCCGUUCCGGAGCUGCGAGCCGGUGGAAAUGUCCUACCCCCGGGGGCAGUUCCAGCCAGCCAUCCGAGUGGCCGACCUGCUGCAGCACAUCACCCAGAUGAAGCGAGGACAGGGCUAUGGAUUUAAAGAGGAGUAUGAGGCACUACCCGAGGGGCAGACAGCAUCCUGGGAUACAGCCAAGGAAGAUGAAAACCGCAAUAAGAACAGAUACGGAAACAUAAUCUCCUAUGAUCAUUCAAGAGUGAGAUUGCAGCUGCUGGAUGGGGACCCUCACUCUGACUACAUAAACGCCAAUUACAUAGACGGGUACCACCGGCCUCGCCAUUACAUUGCAACCCAAGGGCCUAUGCAAGAGACAGUGAAGGAUUUCUGGAGAAUGAUCUGGCAAGAAAACUCCGCAAGUGUAGUCAUGGUCACCAACUUGGUGGAAGUGGGCAGGGUAAAGUGUGUUCGGUACUGGCCAGAUGACACAGAGGUCUAUGGAGAUAUUAAAGUCACAUUAAUUGAGACAGAACCAUUGGCAGAGUAUGUCAUACGCACAUUUACUGUGCAGAAGAAAGGCUACCAUGAGAUCCGAGAGAUUCGGCAGUUCCACUUCACCAGCUGGCCGGACCACGGAGUUCCUUGCUAUGCCACCGGCCUCCUGGGCUUUGUUCGCCAAGUGAAGUUCCUCAAUCCCCCAGAAGCAGGACCCAUUGUUGUGCACUGCAGUGCAGGGGCUGGGAGAACAGGGUGCUUCAUUGCCAUCGACAUCAUGCUCGACAUGGCAGAGAAUGAAGGCGUGGUGGAUAUAUUUAACUGUGUGCGAGAGCUGCGAUCCCAAAGAGUCAAUUUGGUGCAGACAGAGGAGCAGUAUGUGUUUGUCCAUGAUGCCAUUUUGGAGGCAUGCCUGUGUGGCAACACGGCCAUUCCAGUUUGUGAGUUCAGAUCCAUAUAUUACAACAUCAGCCGACUAGAUCCACAGACCAAUUCCAGCCAGAUAAAAGAUGAGUUUCAGACUCUCAAUAUCGUGACACCGCGUGUGCGGCCAGAGGAUUGCAGCAUUGGCCUCCUGCCCAGGAACCACGACAAGAACCGCUGCAUGGACGUGCUGCCCUUGGACCGCUGCCUGCCUUUCCUCAUCUCCGUGGAUGGCGAAUCCAGUAAUUACAUCAAUGCUGCACUCAUGGAUAGCCACAAGCAGCCUGCUGCCUUUAUUGUCACGCAACACCCUUUGCCCAACACCGUAGCGGACUUCUGGAGGCUGGUGUUUGAUUAUAACUGCUCCUCUGUGGUGAUGCUGAACGAGAUGGAUGCAGCACAGCUCUGCAUGCAGUACUGGCCAGAGAAGACUUCCUGUUGUUAUGGCCCAAUUCAAGUAGAGUUUGUUUCAGCAGACAUUGAUGAAGAUAUCAUCAAUCGAAUAUUCCGGAUCUGCAACAUGGCCAGGCCACAGGACGGGUACCGCAUAGUUCAGCAUCUGCAGUACAUUGGCUGGCCAGCAUACAGGGACACCCCUCCUUCCAAACGCUCCCUCCUCAAGGUGGUCAGAAGGUUGGAGAAGUGGCAAGAACAGUACGAUGGGAGAGACGGACGGACUGUUGUCCACUGCCUGAAUGGCGGGGGACGCAGCGGCACUUUCUGUGCCAUCUGCAGCGUGUGUGAAAUGAUUCAACAGCAGAAUAUCAUUGAUGUGUUCCACAUAGUUAAAACACUACGGAAUAACAAGUCCAACAUGGUGGAGUCAUUGGAACAGUAUAGAUUUGUAUACGAGGUUGCACUGGAAUACUUGAGUUCCUUUUAGGCGCAGUGGAGGCAGGGGAGCCUCUGGAAUGCCAGACCCCAAUCUCUGGCCGACACUUCUCCCCUCUCCCACACUGGAAGGCAG